AUGUCUGCUAGAAAUCUUCAGCCAUCGGGAGCGUCACCUCCUCACCCUUCCGCAACUUUCCACCACUCCACGCAGACCCUGUCUUCACAGGAAGAAGGUACUGAGGGAGAUGAGGCGAGUUCAGUGGAAGAAUUUUUAUUUCUUCAAGAGUUAGAGAGCCCGGAGGAAUACCAGUACCUGGAGGAGGAGGAAAAUUGUCUGAAAGGAAAGGAGUAUCUGGAUGAAAAGGAGUAUCUGAAGGAGGAAAAGUAUCUACAGAAGAAAGAGCUGCUGGAAGGAAAAAUGUUUCUGUAUGAAAAGUUUCUGGAAGAGGUACCUUUAAAAUCAAAAUCUCAAACAGAGGAAGACUCAACAACGAUGCUAACCCCCUUAAAGUCUGAUUCACAAGGUAUCAAACAACGUAGGGAUGAUGACGUGCUUGAGUUUGUCUCUAAAGAGAGCUUUUGCGAUCGUAUGUUAAGUGAUCCCACUGGCACACUGGAAGCCGAAGACUUCGAAGCCAAUGUUGUGACCAGCUCCUAUCAGUCAGUGUUCAGGACCAUGCUCAGAGAAAUGGCAGCUGGCAAUGAACUGGAGGAGGAUAUUAACAUUCCCCUGACUGGUCAUCUGGAGAGUGAGACCAGAAGGAAACUGGGAAUUCUGCUGAAGAAAAAUUUUGGAAAACAUAAGGAAACAAUCCUCUGGAUUAUGAAGAAACGUGAAAACUUAUUUAACCAAAGGGCUACAGAGACUACUUUCACAUUCCACGUAUGUAAUCUACCACCACAAGAUGAGUCUGAGAAAGUAGUCAAACAAUCUCGUCGUCUUGUUCGCCGUAAGAAGACGUUAGAAAUACACACAGGCUGGAUAAAGAGCAAGAUUAAAGUACAUCAAGGUGAUGGAAAAAUCAUUCUCUACCCCAGUGAGAUUGUCUUCCAAAUUCUCUUUCCUGAUGGAUCAGGCCAGAUAUAUUAUCCAUCAGGACACCUGGCUAUGCUCAUCCUCAGUAUAAAAGAGGGAAAGUUCACAUACAUCAUUCUGGAAGACAGUGAAAAUAUGUGUGUCCGGGCCCUUAUCAACAACUCUGGCCAUGCCACCUUCUAUGAUGAAAAUGGAAACAUCUGGUUGAAUCUGAGCCCAAACCUGGGAUACUACUUUGCCAGAGACAAGUACCAGAAGGCCUGGAACUGGUGGGAUCUGAACCUCCACAUCCAUGCACCCCCCGUCCAGCCCAUCUCCUUGAAAAUCAACCAGUACAUCAAGGUACAAAUAAGGAGCCAGGAUAAGAUCAUCUUCCGCUUCAUCCACAAAAAGCAGCACAUUUGCUUAAACCUAGGCACCAAGUACAAGUACGUUACCCCGGCGGCGCUGAGCAAAAUGAAAAAAGAAGUCCUGGAGAUGGAAUUCAGUUCAACGGCUCGGAAGAUCCAGAUCCUUCUGGGAAAAAUGAGGAAGAUCCCGAAUACACUGACCAUAUCUGAUUUGGAAUGCUUCAUACAAGGCGUCAAGAUCUUGCCAACAAGACGAUAUGAGUUGGAGGAGGAACUCUCAUAUUCCAAGCUGGGGAAGUCACCAAAUUGUGCUGCUUUGGCACGUGCUGAAUGUUUCGGGGAGGUGGAGGUGUCCGAAGCCCCUAGGAAACCCCCAAAGCCCUAG